AGCCUUUCAGGGGAUGCUAUCCUCUCGGUGAAGACCGCUCGUAGGAAAGCUGCUCCAGCCUAGCGGGACCGAAGGAAGGUGUACGUAAGAGGAGGCAGUAGAAGCAGCAGCCGAAGAUGUCGGGGCAAACGCUCACGGAUCGAAUCGCAGCUGCUCAGUACAGCGUGACAGGCUCUGCUGUAGCGAGGGCCGUCUGCAAAGCAACCACUCAUGAAGUAAUGGGGCCCAAGAAAAAGCACCUGGACUAUUUGAUUCAGGCUACCAAUGAGACAAAUGUUAACAUCCCUCAGAUGGCUGACACACUCUUUGAAAGAGCAACAAAUAGUAGCUGGGUGGUUGUAUUCAAAGCCUUAGUGACAACACACCAUCUAAUGGUCCAUGGUAAUGAGAGAUUUAUUCAGUAUUUGGCCUCUAGAAAUACAUUAUUCAAUCUCAGCAAUUUUUUGGACAAAAGUGGAUCUCAUGGUUAUGAUAUGUCUACCUUUAUAAGACGCUAUAGUAGAUACUUGAAUGAAAAGGCUUUCUCCUACAGACAAAUGGCCUUUGACUUUGCCAGAGUGAAGAAGGGAGCUGAUGGUGUAAUGAGAACAAUGGUUCCUGAAAAGCUACUAAAGAGUAUGCCAAUAUUGCAGGGACAGAUUGAUGCAUUGCUUGAAUUUGAUGUUCAUCCAAAUGAGCUGACAAAUGGUGUCAUAAAUGCUGCAUUUAUGCUUCUUUUUAAAGAUCUCAUCAAACUUUUUGCUUGCUAUAAUGAUGGAGUUAUUAAUUUAUUAGAAAAAUUUUUUGAAAUGAAGAAGGGGCAAUGCAAAGAUGCCCUAGAAAUUUACAAACGAUUUCUAACGAGAAUGACACGAGUCUCAGAAUUCCUUAAAGUUGCAGAGCAAGUUGGUAUUGAUAAAGGUGAUAUUCCGGAUCUUACACAGGCUCCGAGCAGUCUUAUGGAGACACUUGAACAGCAUCUAAAUACAUUAGAAGGAAAGAAAACUGGAAACAAAUCUGGUGCUCCCUCUCCACUGAGUAAGUCUUCUCCAGCUACAACUGUUACAUCUCCUAAUUCUACUCCAGCUAAAACUAUUGAUACAUCCCCACCAGUUGACCUAUUUGCAACUUCAUCUGCAGUAGCUCCCAUCAGUACAUCUAAACCAUCUAGUGAUCUCCUUGACCUCCAACCAGACUUUUCAUCUGGGGCACAGUCAGCAGCAGCAGCAGCAGCACCCCCUCCAGCACCUUCUGGAGGGGCAACUGCAUGGGGAGACCUUUUGGGAGAAGAUUCUUUGGCUGCACUUUCCACUGUUCCUUCUGAAGCACAGAUUUCAGAUCCAUUUGCACCAGAGCCUAGCCCUCCUACCACUGCUGAAAUUGCAACUGCUUCCACUUCCUCUUCAACUACCACAACUAUUACUGCUGUCACUGCUGAAGUGGAUCUUUUUGGAGAUGCCUUUGCAGCUUCUCCUGGUGAAGCCCCUGCAGCACCUGAAGGGGCAGCAGCACCAGCUACCCCAACCCCUGUAGCAGCAGCACUUGAUGCAUGUUCAGGAAAUGACCCUUUUGCCCCAUCUGAAGGUAGUGCAGAGACUGCACCUGAACUGGACCUUUUUGCAAUGAAGCCACCUGAGACCAGCAUUCCUGUAGUUACCCCUACAACUAGUGCAGCCCCCACGAUUCCCGCAACAACUCCUUCUCCUGCUCCUGCUGCCGCAGCUGCCACUGCUACUACUACUACUGCUGCUACUGCCACUACCACCACCGCCACCACACCUGCCACUACCACCACAACCACUGCUCCUCCUGCUCUAGAUAUCUUUGGUGAUUUAUUUGAAUCUGCUCCUGAUGUUGCUGCAGCGCCUAAGCCAGACGCUACUCCUAGCAUUGACUUGUUUGGCACAGAUGCUUUCUCAUCUCCUCCACAUGGGGCUUCUCCUGUGCCUGAGAGUUCUCUCACUGCUGAUCUCUUAUCUGUGGAUACAUUUGCAGCAGCAACUCCUGUAGCCACUGCCUCUCCAGCAAAGGUGGAUUCUUCAGGUGUGAUUGAUCUUUUUGGUGAUGCUUUUGGAAGCAGUGUUUCUGAACCCCAACCUGCAAUCCAGGCUGUUUCUAGUUCCUCAGCUUCAGCCGACCUACUAGCCGGUUUUGGAGGUUCUUUCAUUGCACCCUCUCCAUCACCAGUAACACCAGCUCAGAACAACCUAUUGCAGCCUAAUUUUGAAGCAGCUUUUGGAACAUCACCAUCAACUACGAGCAGCAGCUCCUUUGAUCCCUCAGUGUUUGAUGGUCUAGGGGAUCUUCUUAUGCCAACUAUGAUCCCUGCUGGUCAGCCUGCACCUGUUUCAGCUGUAACACCGGGUCCUGCUAUGGCGGCAAGCAAAGCCCUUGGAAGUGAUCUUGAUUCAUCUCUUGCAAAUUUAGUAGGCAAUCUCGGGAUUUCUGGCACCACAUCAAAAAAGGGAGAUCUUCAGUGGAAUGCUGGAGAAAGGAAACUGACAGGAGGAGCUAACUGGCAACCAAAAGUAGCACCAGCAACGUGGUCUACUAGUGUCCCACCAAGCGGCCCCUUGCAAGGAGCUAGUACAGUUCCUCCAGGUGCUGGUGCGCCACCCGUCGGUCAGCCAGGCACAGGAUUUGGAAUGCCUUCUGCUGGAACGGGUGUGCCCAUGAUGCCACAGCAGCCAGUUAUGUUCGCACAACCUAUGAUGAGGCCACCAUUUGGAGCUGCCUCUGUACCUGGUGCACAGCUUUCUCCAAGCCCUACACCUGCCACUCAGAGCCCCAAGAAACCUCCAGCAAAGGACCCACUAGCGGAUCUUAACAUCAAGGAUUUCUUAUAAACAAUUUAAGCUGCAGUUUUUGUGACUGAAUAAGGGGGGGAAAGUGAGUUUGGAGACUACAAAUAAGUUUGAUGCUCAGAGUUUCAAAGUGAGCCACCAGUACCAAACCCAGUGCUUCUUCAUAUCUUCUCUUCCAAAACGUGUAGCCCAGCUGUGAAAGUGAACAUUAGGAAUGUGUACUACCUUAGCUGUUAUCCCAACUCUCUCACUUUUAGUGUAUUGGGGUUAUUUGUGUGUUUUACAACUUAGACAAUGGAUGUAUGUUUCUGAUGCCUUUAGUGCUUUUCUGAACCUCAUGUGGGACAGAUUAUGCAGCUGUUGUGUGGUGAGCUGUUUGGAGCGAUGUGUCUGUGUUUUUUGAAAGUUUCAAUGUAUAUAACUUUUGGACAAACCCUAAAACUUUCUCCAUAAGUUCUGUUUCCUUCUGUAUCUCUGUUAUAAGGCAUAUGUGAUAAUAUCAGAUGAUAAGGAAGACACUCUUAAGUAUACAAACCUCUUUUUUUGGUGUGGAGUACAUUUUUCCAAUCACAGGAAUUUCAAUUGUUGUGAGAAAUGUUUAUUUUUGUGGCACUGUAUAUGUUGAGAAAUAUUAUUAUUUAAAGGAAUAUAAAGGUUAACUUCCAUAAUAAACACUUCUCCUUGAAGCUACCUUACCAAGAACGAAGAAUCAUAUUGGAAAGAAUACCAUAUGGAUCAUUGUUAUAUUUUAAAAUAUAUAUAUUUUCAUUAUAUUUGACAAGUUUUGCAUCUAAAUUGGCUUAUUUAUCCAGUUUUGCUUAAAAGCACUGAAGAAUAAGUAAAUGGUCAGUUUCUCCUCAUGUAGUUGAAAAAAAAGCAACCAUAGUUGUGCUCUCUCAUAAGGGGUUUAAAGUUACUGUGGAGGCACUCUUUGGUAUGUAGGUAGUCAGAAUAUUACUGCAAAGAUUGUUAUUUUUACUUCACCUUUUAUGUACAUCUGUUUAGUAGUUGUGUGUGUGCUUGUGUGUCUGUGUAUCAUAGACUAAUGUUUCUCCAUUCCUAAAAUGAGCUCUGAGUAGGGUUUUUUUUUGUACCAUUUAUAAUUAGGAUUUAAACUAAUUCAAUGAAUAUGCUCUUUCACUGUACAUAUUGGAUUUUCCCCUUUUUGGUUUGGUUUUUUUUUUUCAUACUCUUUGUGCUGAUGGCUUGGCUGAAGAUUUCGAUGGAGAAAUGAGGUCACUGUUGAUCAGUGUUACAAGUGGCUUGGCAGCUCUUUGUGAAAGCAUAUUGGGUUGGAAAGAUGUUCACCUAAGUCUUUCAAAUUAUUUAAUCGAUGUAUGGUACCAUUUACAAGUGGUUGUAUCUGAAUUUACUGUGGGGAUAACAUACACUGUAAUGGGGGAAAAAUAACAUGAAGCUAAUUUCAAAAUGGCUUUUCUUUGUAUUUUGGUUUAAAAACCCAGUGCAUGUAUGUAUGCCCUCUGAGAUGCAAUAAACACCUUGAACAAAGAAAAUGCAAA